AUGUCGGAAAGGACCGAGUCAGUGACCGAUUCUGCAGGAUUAUCGGAUUCUGCUUCUAGAAGAUCUUCAUAUGGAUAUGCACAGUCCACAUCACAUUCCUCCCAAAGGCACUCUAGUCACCAAUCUGUAGGACACAGAAGACUGCGAGGCCAUGUUCCAACAAUACCAACAGCAACAGCCCAAUUGCUUACAUCUACAAAGGCUCUUUUGCAAUCUCUAACUUUAUGGGCAAGCAAAACCGCAACAGUGUCGGAUGUUUCUGAAAAUUUUGUUCAUGUUGGCGAUAACUUUAAAGCAUUGAGGAAAUCAUACUCCACUGCCGGCGUCUCCGUUUCAGAUAUCAAGGAUAUUCCAAAAAUGUUACGACAAGUGCUUGAAGAGUCGUUGGUUCUCGAGCCAUCACAACAAUCGUUGGAUAUCUUUCUACCCCGCGUUGGACAGAUUAUUACUGAAUUGAUGAAGACAUUGAAGGUCAAACAGGGUGAGCUACAGAGGCAUUCCGAAGAUCGAAGGUCGUCGAUUGCAUCUUCCGUCUCAAAUGCUUCUCCAAGACCAGUAUCAUCCUUUCCGGGUGCUGGUGCUCAGAAGGUGUUAGACUCUUUGGACGAUUCAUCCGAUGUGAGCCCAGCGGUUUCAGCGGCUAGAGGAAGUACUCUAAGCAAGCUUCAGACUUCAACUUCAAAGGAUCCUUUGGAAAGACUUCAAAACAACCAUGCCUUGAUGAGGAGGGCUUCUAAGAGAUAUAGCGCGUAUCAGACAUCGAAGAUUCUUUCGAUGAAUAAGCAUGUUUCCGGUGUUCCAACUGCAAACCCAGAUUCAACACCUUUGUCAUCACCGAAGCAAGUUGCCAAAUCUCCGAUAUUGGAUCCUUCAGUUGUUGCCGCGGAUGUGUCAACCCCUCUUCAAAAGGAGGUGACGAAAAAUAUAGAAGAGUCGAAAUUGGCCAAUAGGUUAUCGCAAGCUGUAGUUGGUUCAGCUGGUGGUGACUUGUCAGAGAAAACAUUUUAUGACAGUAGUAGUGAAGGGGAGGGUAAACUUUUCUUGAAGCUAAAUAACAAAGUCAAGAAAGUCAAACUGCAACUACCAACUACGAAGGCUACCAUAAAAGUCUUAUUCACACAAAAAUUUGGCUUUACUCCAAGCGGCGAUGAAUAUCCAGCUAUCUAUAUUCAGGAUAGUCCAAGCGAAAUAGCAUAUGAAUUGGAAGAUAUUGCUGAUAUACAUGAUGGUUCAAUUUUGACGUUUGAGCCACAAAACUCUACAACUAUAAUCUGUGAUCAUCUCGACAAAAAGUUCGAUUACAUUAAGGACGAAAUAUCGCGUCUUCAAUUAAUAUCAGAGAAGGAUUCAACUAAGGAGAAGGAUAAUACAGUGGAGAAAGAGACCUCUGAUAGCAGUACAAAGUUGCAUAAUCCAAAGUUGGCAGACGAGAUUCAGAGGGAGGUGCGUGAACUCAAAUUUGAACUUGGAAAAGUUCGGCAGCAACAUGUCAAGGCUAAGAAGGCGUUGACAGAUAGCGUGACCGAAGUUCUAUCACUUAUCCAGAAACUACAGGCUGUUGGUGCUUCUCCUACUGGAGUUAUCAGUGAUCCAUACAUGGAUCAUUGCCGAACAAAAGUUAGCGGUGAAUGCGAGUCCUUGGUGAGCAGAAUCGAUAAUCUGCAAGAUUUGAUCGAAGUUAUGAAGAUUGACAUCAGUAAAAGACGUAGCAGACCUUCAAAGAAGCAGUUGGAUCACGUUAAGAAGGAAGUUAUGAAUACAAAGCAGAAGCUAGGAUCUCUAACAGGAUAUACAAUUAAAGAAAGGAAGAACUGGAAUAGCCGCUGGCAGGCUGAAUUAACAGCUAUCCUUGAAGAGCAAGAAUUUUUCAAAGAGCAAGAUACAAUCAUUCAACUAUUAGGUGAGGAUCUUGGUUCUGCAGAGGAGACAUUCGAUCUCAUUUUAAAGUGUUGUGAAGAGCUGGAAAAAAACUCAGGAAUGAAGAAAUAUCCAAACUUACCUGUUGUUGACCCAUCAGUUUCCAUGAAAGAUGUGAAAAGCCUUGUUUUACAGGAAGUUGAGAAUCUCAACCCUGAUCAUGAACAACGUGUCGAGGCCAUCAUGAAGGCAGAGAAAAUAAGAAAGAUCGAGAGGAAAAUGAACAAUAAAACUGCCUUCGAGCAAGAACUUGGCGAUUUUGUUGGAAAUGAAAAGUUGAAGGACAGCGGAGGAAUUGAUGAGGUGGAACGUCAGAGAAAGAAGAAGGACGAAGAAAAUUUGAAGAAUCAAUUUAAGAAUGUGCCUAUGCCCUCAACUUAA